AUGAUGAAAGUUUUACGAUUAGGAAAUUCAUUAUCUAAAGUUGUUUUAAAUAUUAACAAUAUAAGUUUAAGAAAUUAUCGCUCGAAAGCUGCAGUUAACCAUUCAAAUGAUUGGAUAAUACCAGACACUAAAAUUACAAAACUUACCUCAGGUUUUCGUAUUGCUUCAGAAGAUUCAAAAUUACCAACAGCAACAGUAGGUGUUUGGGUAAAUGCUGGUAGUCGUUUUGAAAAUGAUAAAAAUAAUGGUGUAGCACAUUUCUCUGAACAUAUGGCUUUUAAAGGUACCAACAAAAGAAAUCAAACAGAACUUGAAUUAGAGGUUGAAAAUAAUGGUAUUCUUUUAAAUGCUUACACUUCUAGAGAACAAACUGUUUACUAUGCCAAAUGUCCAUCAACACACAUUGAACAAGCUAUUGAAAUACUCUCUGAUAUUCUUCUUAAUAGUACAUAUAGACAAAAUGAAAUUGAAAUAGAAAGAGAUGUAAUAAUGCGUGAAUAUUUUGAAAUUGAAAAUACUGUUAAAGAAGUUUUAUUUGAUCGUUUACAUGAACAAGCAUAUAAAAAUACACCAUUAGCUAGGACAAUUUUAGGACCAAGAGAAAAUAUAAAAUCAAUUUCUAAAAAUGAUUUAAUUAGAUAUGUUCAUGAUUAUUAUCAAGGACCAAGAAUGGUUCUUGCUGCUGCAGGUGGUGUGAAUCAUGAUCAACUAGUAGAAUGGGCAGAAAAAUAUUUUGCCCAAGUUAAUCGUUUUAAUCCUAAAAAAGUUGUAUAUGAACCGGGUAUAUUUAAGGAAUGUCAUUUGGUAAUUAAAGAUGAACGUAUGCCAAUUGUUCAUGGUGCUUUUUGUGUUGAAGGUGUUAGUUGGACAAAUCCUGAUAACUUAGCUUUAAUGAUAAUUCAUAUGUUAAUAGGUACUUUUAAUUGUACACAAGCAUCAGGUAUUAAUGCACCAUCAAGAUUAGCUUCAAGAUUAACGCCAAGAAAUACUGUAGAAAAUUUUAUGGCAUUUAGUACUAAUUAUGUUGAUACUGGAUUGACUGGUGUUUAUUUUGAAAUGGGAAAAGAAGAUGGUAAGAUGUUAUGUGAUGCUAUAAUUGAUGAAUGGAGGAGUUUAACUGUUUUUGAUGAUGAAAACGCUUUAGAAAACACUAAAAUAGCACUUCUUGCUAAUACAGCAAUGACUUUAGAUGGAACAACACCAAUCUGUGAAGAUAUAGGUCGCCAAAUACUUUGUUAUGGAAGAAGAAUUCCAUUACCAGAGAUAGAGGCUCGCAUAAAUGCUGUGACAGUUGAGACAAUUCGAAAAGUUGCACGAAAAUACUUUUUUGGUAAACCUUAUGCUUUUACAAUAAUUGGUCCAUCAAAUAAUUGGCCAUCUAAAAAUUAUAUCAAAAAAAGAUUAGAUAAUUAA